UGAGACGCGAGAAGACCCUGUCAGGGCAGCAAAGCCCGAAAUACCCUCCGCCUGCAAUCCAGACCGGGAUUGAACACUCCGAGUUGGCGUAAACAAUUAUGGACCAGAGGGCCGUGUGUGUGCUGCUCUGUAUCAGCGGUUUGCUUCACUGUGCCGCCGCUCACACUGACGUCUUCACCUCCAUUGGCCAGAUGACGGACCUGCUGUUCACAGAGAAGGACCUGGUCACCUCCCUGAAGGACUACAUCAUAGCAGAGGAGAGCAAACUGCAACAGAUCAAACAAUGGGCUGAGAAGCUGGACUCUCUGACCUUGACGGCGACUCAGGACCCUGAGGGAUUCCUGGGCCAUCCAGUCAACGCCUUCAAGCUCAUGAAGAGGCUCAACACCGAGUGGGGAGACCUGGAAAACCUCGUGCUCAAGGACAUGUCCACACGCUUCAUCUCCAACCUGACUAUCCUGCGUCAGUAUUUCCCUACUGAGGAUGACCAGGCGGGGGCUGCCAGAGCGCUACUCAGGCUGCAGGACACCUACAAGCUGGACACCAACGCCAUAUCUACUGGCAACCUGCCAGGUGUGGAGCUGAGUAACUUGCCCUACCAGAGCACCAUGACAGUAGAGGACUGCUUUGAGCUGGGAAAGAUCGCCUACUCGGAGUCAGACUACUUACACACGGAGCAGUGGAUGGCACAGGCACUACGGCAACUGGACCAGGGAGAACAGUCAGAGGUGGAGGCGGCCACAGUGCUGGACUACCUCAGUUACUCUGUUUACCAGCAGGGGGAGCUAGAGCCGGCGCUGCGCUACACCAAGAGGCUGCUGCAGCUCGACCCAGGCCACCAGCGGGCCAAUGGCAACCUGAAGUACUUUGAGUUCCAGCUGUCUAAGCGGCGUGAGAGCGAGGCCGAGGAGAGGGAGAGAGCGAGGGAUGAAGGAGGAGUGCAGGAGGAGGUGGAGAACCGAAGGAAGAGGCAGGCGGAGAACGAGGUGUCAGAGGAAUACCUGCCCGAGAAGAGGAAGUACGAGAAGCUGUGCAGAGGAGAGGGCCUCAAGAUGACGACACGCAGACAAAGCCGGCUGUCCUGCCGUUACUAUGACAACAACGGUCAUCCGCGCUUCCUGAUUGGCCCGGUGAAGCAGGAGGACGAAUGGGACCGCCCCCACAUUGUGCGAUUCCAUGACAUCAUCAGUGAGCAGGAGAUUGCAAAAGUUAAACAGCUGGCCAAACCACGGUUAAGGCGGGCCACGGUGCACAACCCCGAGACAGGCGAGCUCACCACAGCCCACUACAGAGUGUCCAAAAGUGCCUGGUUAACAGAGCAGGACCAUCCUGUUGUGGAUCGCAUCAACCAGAGAAUAGAAGACAUCACUGGCCUGGAGAUCAGCACCGCAGAAGAGCUGCAGGUGGCGAAUUACGGAGUGGGGGGACAGUAUGAGCCUCACUAUGACUUUGGUCGAAAAGACGAGCCUGACGCCUUUGAGGAACUGGGCACGGGCAACCGCAUUGCCACCUGGCUCUUCUAUAUGAGUGAUGUGGCAGCAGGGGGCGCCACAGUCUUCACUGAAGUUGGAGCUGCAGUCAGGCCACUCAAGGGCACAGCAGUGUUCUGGUAUAACCUCUUCCCCAGCGGAGAAGGAGACUACAGCACGCGACAUGCAGCCUGCCCCGUACUAGUGGGGAACAAGUGGGUUUCUAAUAAGUGGAUCCAUGAGCGCGGCCAGGAGUUCAGAAGGCGAUGUGGACUACACGAGCUGGACAGAAGCCACCCUCUCCUUCCCCAUCCUCCUCCUCAUCUACUGUGACCUGGGGCCUGCUUUUAGACACACGCACACACACACAGUAGUCUACACACGCACACGCACACACACAGAUACAAUAAUUCUCUUUCUUUCUCUCUCUCUUUCUCGCUCACUCACCCUCUUUCUCUCACACACACAUAUGCAGUACACACACACACACACACACACACACACACACACACACACACACACACACACACACACACACACACACACACACACACACACACACACACACACACACACACACACACACACACACACACACACACACACUGGCACUGUCUCUAUUCAUCCAUGUAGUUCAGUUCACCUUCUGCAGUCACCCCACACCAUGGGAUUUGGCACUGUUAUUUUUAUCUUGAUAUGCAUGUGUGUGUGUUUCUGUCUGUCUGUCUGUCUGUCUGUCUGUCUAUGUGUGUGUGUCUGUGUCUGUGUCUGUGUCUGUGUGUGUGUGUGUGUGUUUGUCUGUGUGUCUGUGAAUUUGUAUUUGUGUGAGAGACAGAGGGUUUGUGCACAUGUUGAACUUAUUUCUUUGUACUCACAUGGCGUUGGCCCUGUGUCCUUGCUGAGUGUGUGUGUCCGUGUGAGUGUGUGUGUCUGUCUCUGUGUGUGGGUGUGGGUGUGGGUGUCUGUGUCUGUGUGGGGGUUUGUGUCUGUGUGUGCUUUUGUGAAAUCUUUUGCAAUUACGUCUGACAGACUUCUGUGGAAGCCAGUAAGUACAAUACCAACCCUCCUAGGGAAACGCCCACUACGCUCCUCUACUGAACUAACCACUCCAGUCUCACAGGAGAGAGAGAGAGAGAGAGAGAGAGAGAGAGAGAGAGAGAGAGAGAGAGAGAGAGAGAGAGAGAGAGAGAGAGAGAGAGAGAGAGAGAGAGAGAGAGAGAGAGAGAGAGAGAGUAUCCGAAUCUGCUUCUGUGUGUGUGAGGAUAGGCAGAUUACUGUUGGGGGCUUAAGCUGCUGAUUAUCUGCUAAGCAUGACUUGUGUGUGUGUGUGUGUGUGUCUGUGUGUCUGUGUGUGUGUGUGUGUGUGUGUGUGUGUGUGUGUCUGUGUGUGUGUGUGUGUGUGUGUGUGUGUGUGCACGCGUGCACGUGUAUAUUUAUGAGUGUCAGAUACAGUCUUUCAUGUCGUGCCUCCUCUCUUUCACUCCAUCUCUCAAUCUCUCUCUCUUCCAUCCUCCCUCCUCCCUGUACUACAAUCCCCCCCUCUCUCUCUCUCUCUCUGUCUCUCUCUCUCUCUCUUGCAUCCCUCCUUCUUGUCCUCCAAUCCUGGCUCUCUGGCUCUCCGUCAUGUGUGUGUCUAUUUUGGCCCUGAGGUCAUUCACUCCGGGACACUGGCGUAAACACUGACGCGUGAAGCCAAAGGUACACUGCACUCCUCCUCCUCCCCACGAUCUCUAUCCAUCCCCCACUUUCUCAUCUUACUUCUUUCUGUUGAUAUCAUCCCCCCCCACACACACACACCCAGGGUUCCCACGGGUCAUGGAAUUUCUGGAAUAUCAUGGUAUUUCAUAAAUGAAUGUCAUGGAAAGUCAUGGAAUUUUACCAUUUUGCAUGCACAGUCAUGGAAUAUCAUGGAAUUUUCUUAACAGUUGUCUAAAAGCAAAAACUUUUGUUUGGUGUAUAACAUUAUUUCUUACUGGUUAUACUACAACGCUUCGACAGAUAAUCUUCAGUUUUCACACUUAAAACAACUUUUUAAUAUAAUUUCUUUUUACCGAAAUGGUCAUGGAAAUUCAGUUUUUUGGGUCUGGAAAGUCAUGGAAAAUCAUGGAAUUUUAUGUCUGAAUUAGAGGGGGAAGCCUGCACACCGCUCUACUCCUUCAUUCCGGACACUCUCACUCCCUUUUUUUCUGUCUGUCCCUCCUCACUCGGUGUCACCAUUCCGAUUCGAAACGAGAGAGCACAAAGUGCAGUGGCAUUGAUCGAACUCACGUCUGGAAACACACGCACACACACACACACACCAUCCGUACAUUCGCAUAUGCAAAUAAAACACAUGCACACUCCAUUUUGCAAUACUGUUACACCGAAGCUCUCUCCUCUGUUCUCUUAUCCUCUCCUCUCCACACUCCGGCACAUAUCUACUGGUCGACUCUUACCCAAACUCCAUUUAUUGUUUUUAUUUAGUUUGAGGGUUUUUUUGUUUGUUUUGCCUUUUUGUUUGUACAAAGACGGAAAGAAUGUGCUUUAAUGACGGGUGUCCAUGUUUGAGACAUGUUGACUGUGGUAAUAUAUAUCUAUUUUUAGAUGGAUGGAUGGAUGGAUGGGUGUUUUCUAUGGAAAUAAAAGUUUUAUGUUAUUAUGA